AUGGUUGACAUGGAGGGCCAGAUUCCGUCAUCCUUGGAUCCAUUGGCUGAGACCAAGCGUUUUGCUAAUUCCAAAGGUGGGUAUGUUCAUCUCCGGAUUCAGAAGAGGAAUAGAAGGAAAAGUAUAACCACAAUUGAAGGAUUGAAUGAGAAUUUCGGCUACUCCAAGAUCCUCAAAGACCUCAAGAAAGAGUUAUGUUGUAAUGGAAAUGUUGUCCAGGACAAAAAUCUAGGCAAGGUGAUUCAACUCCAGGGCGAUCAGCGCGCCAAUGUCAUCAACUUCCUUGUCAAAGAAAUGCUUGCGGACAAGAACCAGAUCAAAGUUCAUGGCUUUCAAGGACGUGGGGUUGUGUGAUUUGGAGAAUGAGAAAUACUGUGUAUACAUAUUUUUGAUACAUAAUUUAAGUAUACAAAUAAUGUGUCAUUUUGUGAUUGAGUGUUAUUUUAUCUUUAAUUUAAAAUUAUUUAAUCA